AUGCAUUCACGUAUAAGGCCAUAUAAGGUAUUACAGAAAGAAAAAGCUAGUGAAAAUAAUAAUAGUAACAAUGAAAAAGAUACUAAUAAAGAUAUAAAGGAAUAUAAAGCUCAUCAAGAUGAUAAUAAAAAACGUAUUAAUGAAAAGAUUAAGAAGAAUAUACAAUUAGGGAAUUAUGAACAUAUUAAAAGAUUCAUUAAUAGGGAAAAUGAAAGGUCUGAGAGAAGAAUGAUAAAUCAAACAAAUUAUAAUUCAGAUAUCAGCUAUUAUGAUGUACACAGUAAACAACAAUCAAAACGUAAUGAAGAAUAUAAAAGUGCGACUAUAUUAGAAAAGGAAAAAAAUACAUUGAUAUCUCUAAUAAAAAAAGAACAACGUUGUGUAAAAAAGAAAAAAAUUAUAAUUAGGCAUUUACCCCCAACUUUAAGCGAAAGCCUUUUUUUUGAUUCUUUUCCAAAUAAUAUGAAAGAUGAGUUAGAUUAUUAUUAUUAUGUUAAUGGAAGUAUUGGAAAACAUUCUGGUGACGAUAUCACUUAUUCAUGUAUGUAUUUAUCUUUUAAGGAUGAUUUAAAAACAGAGGAAUUUAUAAAGACACAACAUGGAAAAUACUUUUAUGACUUAAACGGCGUUAAAUAUAAAGCAGUUGUGUCAUACGCACCAAAUCAAACAUUAAUAUACAAAAACAAAUCUGAUGAUAUUAAUAAUACCCUUGAAUCAGAUGCUUAUUUUUUAAAAUGUUGUGAAGAAAUGAAUAAUUCAACUCAACCCCUUAAAAAAGAUAUAGAUUAUUAUGAUUUAAUUAAUGUAGAAAAAGAAAAUGGUGCUAUUUUAUCUCCUGUAGUUGUAGCAUUAAGAAAUAAGUUUAGAGAUAGGAACAAAAUGAAAUAA